AUGGUCGUAACAGACAGGCUCUCGAAGCAACGACACUUUAUCGGUUGUGGGUCCAUAGAAGCCAGAUAUGCUGCACGACUCUUUCUUCAUCAUGUUUGGAAGCAUCAUGGCCUACCAAAGACAAUUGUGUCCGAUCGCGGCACCCAGUUUACAUCGAGGUUAUGGCAGAGACUGUGUCAGAGACUGAGAAUAUCGUUGAAACUUUCCACCGCGUAUCACCCAGAAACAGACGGACAAUCAGAAAACUCCAACCAGGGCCUUAAGCAAUACUUGCGAGCUUAUGUCAACUACGUCCAGGACGACUGGGUCAACUGGCUUCCGCUUGCCGAGUUCGCGAUAAACAACCAUCGAUCAGAGACCACCGGAGUGUCACCGUUCUAUGCUGUAUAUGGACAGCACCCUCGACUGGGUAAUGAACCUCCAGAAGGCGUGCGCAAACUGCCUCAGAAACAACAACUAGAUGUCGCAGCCGCUGACCGGUUCGCUGAAUGGAUGACGAAGUUGACAGAAAAUCUACGCAACGAAAUGGACAUGGCCCAAAGCCAACACGCAGAACAAGCAAACAAGUUCCGAUCUUCGGCACCACAGUUUAAACAAGGGGAUAAAGUAUAG